ACAACAGCAAAAACGUCCAACUGAGCCGAAUUUCACAACAAACCAACAUUUCGCAGGCGUAGAUUACAAUCGUCUUUCCACACGAAUUCGAUACAAUUUCUGUGUACAGUUUUGUGGCAGCGAACGCGCGAUUACAUCACUCUACGACCCGAGCAGUAACUUGCAAAUGCAAUGAACGACAUUCGCCGCCUGAAGGAGCAACAGCGCGAAAAACAUCCCGGCUUUGCGCCGUACCUGGAGUGCAUGACCCGGUCCCUGUUCACCGGACUGGCCACCUUUUGCUUGGGAUUCUCCACGACGUACUUUCUGCAGAAGCUCGUCUCGAAGCGGUUGCCCUAUCCGUUGAAGACCAGCAUCCUGAUUUCGACGUUGGUUGCGACGGGAGCGGCCUACAAGGUGACCGCCGAUCGGACCAGCUCCUGCCAGGCAGGGUGGAUGGCCGCAGAGGGCAAGUUCACAGCGCUGUCGAACGUUGAGGAAGGUGGUGAAGGGGAGGUUCGGCAGGAGGAAUUGUCGUAA